AUGGAGAAAAAGUCCUCACUGAAGCGCGUUUUCCUCAACAACAUAGACUCCUACUCAUCUAAAUACAUAGCCACGUUUUUGUCUGAGUGUGUUGUUGGAGCUCAUGGUGAGGAUGAGGAGGAGGAGGAGGAAGAGUCAGUGGACACCAGCAGUAAAGAAAAAGCCUUUGAGAUAGUGGGAACUGUCUCUGAAGUGUCACAUGAGAACAGAGGGUAUGUGGUGGAGCAGUACUGUCAGCUGAAAAGGGAGGAGCUUCUACCCAAACUUAUGGACUGUAAUGUGAUUGUUUAUAACAUUACUCAACAUCAGGACCAAGUGGACGAGGCUUUCUGGGCUGUUACAACCCUUCACAAUGAGUUGGACAAUUUCACUGGGCCAAAGAUGUUCAUCCUUGUGUCCACAGUCAUGACCUGGGCCUGUAGAAAGCCCAUUGAUCCAGAGGAUGAAGACCGGCCUUUCACUGAUGAAGAUUUCCGGCGGCGACGACCUCAUGCAAACUUCAAAGCUCACAACGAUCUGGAGAAGAGGGUGGUGAAACUGGGAAAAACGAAUAAAAGCAUGUUCUGCACUUAUGUCGUGGUGUCGGGGAUGCAGUAUGGCAUGGGCGAGCAGAUCUUCCAUUACUUUUUCAAGACAUCAUGGGAGGGACUCAAACCACACAUUCCUGUUUUUGGGGAUGGCACCAACAUUGUCCCCACUAUUCACAUCAACGACCUCGCAAGUGUGAUACAGAAUGUGAUUGAACACCGCCCAAGGCCAUACUACCUGCUGGCUGUCGACUAUUCCACUCACACUCUGGAGGAGAUCGUACAGGCAAUUGCGAAAUCACUCGGACCAGGGACUAUCAAGAAAAUGCCAUUAACAGAAGCCUGCCUUAUCAGAGAACUCACUGUUAUGGAAAUUGACUACAUGACGGUGAAUUUGAGAAUGGAGUCGGCCUAUUUGAAAGAGCAGCUGUCUGUUUCUUGGCAGUGUGAAAAUGGACUGGUGGAACACAUUGAUCAAGUGGUUCAGGAAUACAGACAAAACAGAGGACUACAGCCCAUCCGCAUUUGUGUUUUGGGGCCCCCAGCUGUUGGGAAGAGUACUCUGUCCAAAAUGAUCUGUGAUCACUAUAAACUUCACCAUGUCAAACUGAAGCCGACCAUUACAGAGACUAUUGCUCAGCUGAAGGAAACGCUGAGUAAAGAUCCUUCAGCAGAGAAUGAGAGCACAGCAGACGCCCAGGAGCUGCUGAACAGUCUGAAUGAAAGUAUGGAGCAGAACGAAGGUAUUUUGGAAGAGCACCUGCUGUUGAAAGUCAUAAGGGAUAAACUGCUGACUAAACCCUGCCUGAACCAGGGCUUUGUUUUGGACGGAUUCCCCAAAACUUAUGACCAAGCUAAAGAACUGUAUGAAAGUAAGGACACACUAUUUUUCAGUAAAUAUGAAGAAGAGGAUGAAACGACCUUCAAAAACAUGCUGCCAGAGUUCGUGUUUGUGCUCGAUGCCUCCGAUUUGUUUUUGAAAGAACGAGUGAUAAACUUACCUGAGACGGAGGUGGAGAAGAAUAACUAUGAACCCGACCACUUCCUACGGAGACUGAGCCAAUACAGACAAAGGAACAGCAAAGACACUGUCAGCGACUUUUAUGACGAGUUAAACAUAACGACUUUGAACCUGGAAAUCACAAGCAACUACGAACCCAACUGCCUCCUGCUCCUGGAGAAGAUCAUCGAAACCGUAGGUCCACCGCGAAACUACGGCCCCACCGUCGAAGAGGUGGAGGAGGAAGAGUGGAAAAAGAUGGAGGAGGAACAGAGGAGGGCGGCGCAGAGAAAAGAGGAAGAGGAGGAACGGGAGGCAGAGGAGGCCCGAGAGAGAGCUGCGCGAUGGGAGGAAUGGUCCAGGUCUUUGGAGGAGCUGCGUCGUGAGGAGGAGGAUCUUCUGGAGGAGCAGACGGCACAGAUGAGGAGUUACCUGAUGGAGCACGUGAUGUCCACUCUGUCCCAGGGGCUGGUGUCCGUCUGCUCCGCUCAGCCUCAAGACCCCGUCGACUUUCUGGCGGAAUAUUUGUUAAAGAACAACCCGUCGAACUGGACCAAACUGUAA